AUGAUUGAAUCUCCACCUCCAUACGGCCAAGUACAAGUGGUGAGGAAGUUUGGUGGUAACCGGUUCGCCAAGCAAGAAAGAGAGUCCCCAAAGCGUUCUUCCGGUGCCGCCGCCAAGAAGCCUAGUUAUCCGUGUUGGCUCUGCGGUGCAUUGCAUUAUAUUCGGGACUGCAGUUAUAAAAACCACAAAUGCUCCGAUUGCGGCCAAUUUGGACACCGCGAAGGAUACUGUGAUAGUGCUAAGUCCCGGAAACCAGGAAACAAACGCAGGAAACGGGUAAUAUCAACCAAGGUGGUUAUGGUCGACAUGUGCAGUGUGCAGCAGCGACGUAGAUUCGUCUCCGUUGGUCUUUUCGGAUCAAAAAUUCGGCUGCAACUCGAUACCGCUUCCGACAUCACUGUCAUCAGCAGGGAGAGUUGGCAGAAAAUAGGGAGUCCUGCCCUAUCGCCGGCAACAGUAAAAGCCAAGACUGCUUCCGGAAAUGUCUUGUUGCUCGAUGGGGAAUUCGAGUGCAACGUUACCAUCGGAGAAAUUACGCGACGUGAACGAAUACGUGUUACUGCGAACCAGUUGCAUCUACUCGGUGCUGAUUUAGUCGAUGUUUUCAACCUCUGGUCCGUACCCAUGGACACCUUCUGCUGUCAAGUGACCGGAUCUUCGUUGCCUACCGCUGCUCUCAAGUCGAUUUUCCCCAACGUGUUCAGCGAGCAACUCGGCUUGUGCAGCAAAACGAAAGUGAAGUUAGAGCUGAAAGAAAACAUUCGACCCGUUUUCGUCCCGAAACGUCCGGUUGCAUACGCUAUGUACGACGCCGUAGAUCUUGAGCUCGACCGCCUAGAGAAGCUAAAUAUCAUCACCCCGGUCGAAUAUUCAGAGUGGGCCGCUCCAAUCGUUGUCGUUCGUAAAGCCAAUGGUUCCAUUCGAAUUUGCGGAGACUAUUCCACAGGGUUGAAUGCAGCGCUUCAGCUAAACCAGUAUCCGCUUCCCCUUCCGGAUGAUAUUUUCGCCAAGCUGGCUAAUUGUAAGGUUUUCAGCCAGAUUGAUUUGUCGGAUGCCUUCUUGCAAGUGGAGGUUGAUGAGCAGCACCGUAGGUUGCUCACGAUCAACACGCAUCGGGGUCUCUAUUCCUACAAUCGUCUGCCUCCCGGUGUGAAGAUCGCGCCUGGGGCGUUUCAGCAAGUCAUCGACACGAUGCUAGCCGGCUUAGAGUGCACUUCCGGCUAUUUGGAUGAUGUCAUAAUCGGCGGAAGAACGGAGGAAGAACACGAUCGCAAUCUACGGGCUGCUCUGAAGCGAAUUCAAGAUUUCGGCUUCACAAUUCGUUCUGAAAAGUGCACAUUUCGCAAGCAACAAGUGAAGUACGUAGGCCUCGUCAUCAAUGCUCGCGGGUUACGUCCAGAUCCAGCUAAGAUCGAGGCAAUUAUGAAGCUGCCAACUCCCACAAAUGUGUCUGAAACGCGUUCGUUUUUGGGGGCCAUCAACUAUUAUGGCAAGCUCGUCCCCAAUAUGCGCAAGCUACGUUAUCCGCUCGACAAUCUCCUCAAAGCUGAAGCGAAAUUCCAAUGGAAUGCAGAGUGCCAAACAGCGUUUGAGCAAUUCAAGCGAAUUUUUUCCUCGGAUCUACUCCUUACUCAUUACGAUCCUAAGCGGGAGAUCAUAGUGUCCGCCGACGCUUCUUCUGUCGGGCUCGGAGCAACGAUCAGCCACAAGUUCCCCGACGGCACCGUCAAGGUCGUCCAGCAUGCGUCUAGAGCACUCACGAAAGCCGAGCAAGGGUAUAGUCAGCCGGAUCGAGAAGGUUUGGCCAUCGUCUUCGCUGUAACGAAGUUUCACAAGAUGCUUUUCGGGCGGCACUUCCGACUGCAAACCGACCAUCAGCCUCUGCUACGAAUUUUCGGUUCCAAGCAGGGAAUACCAGUGUAUACCGCCAAUCGCCUCCAACGCUUCGCUUUGAACUUGCUUCUCUACGAUAUCGACAUCGAGUAUGUGCCAACUCACAAGUUUGGAAAUGCAGACCUGCUCUCGCGAUUGAUUAACCAACAUGUCAAGCCCGACGAGGAUUACGUCAUCGCGAGCCUCAACUUGGAAGAGGACCUUAGGUCAGUAGUGUCUAAUACGGUUAAAGUUUUGCCUCUCAAUUUCAGAGCCGUCGCGCAAAGCACCCAAGCAGACCCUCUGCUCCGAACAGUCUACCACCACGUUCAACACGGUUGGCCCCAGUCCAAACUUCCGGGGUCCGACAUCAAACGGUUCCAAUCCAGACAGGAAUCGCUCUCCGUGGUAGAUGGGUGCAUCUUGUUUGCCGAACGGCUCGUCAUUCCAUCGCUACAACGCAAGCGAUGCCUUGAGCAACUUCAUCGUGGUCAUCCCGGCAUGCAGCGAAUGAAAGCCCUUGCCAGGAGUUAUGUCUACUGGCCCAGUUUGGAUGCUGACAUCGUGAACUUCGUGAAGACAUGUCAACAAUGCGCAUCAGUGGCCAAAUCACCUCCUCAUUCUCUACCGGUGCCAUGGCCAAAUCCAACAGUUCCGUGGCAACGUGUCCACAUUGACUACGCCGGUCCGAUCGAAGGCGAGUACUACCUCAUCGUUGUAGACUCGUUCUCAAAGUGGCCAGAGAUCGUUCAAACCAACCGUAUCACAUCGGCAGUGACCAUUAAUAUCCUUCGCGGAUCGCGUCUUGAUGCUGACACGACGCAAAACCAAUCCACUAAUGAAGCCAGUUCUCGCCAGUAUUCAUUGCUGCUCGAUAUCCUGUUGGGUGCUUGGAAUCUUCCAAAUGAAUCAGCCGGCACUCUGGCAUCUUCGCCUGUUCGGAACGCCUCUGCUUCAACUCCAUCAUCGGUGUCAGUCUCAAGUCCCUUGCCGGCUUGUGUUUCGUCCACGCCACGAAUCGAGCCGACUUCGUCAACAUCAUCAGCAACGUCAACAUCGACCGAAUUCGAUUCUGCUAUCGAAGUGGAACCGGUGGUAGAUCCUCCAAGGCGCUCAUCUCGAGUACGAAGACCGCCAAAUAGGUUCGAUCCCUACCACCUGUAUUGA